GGUUGGUGGUUUGUCAGCACAGCAGAAGAGCAAGGCUGGGUCCCUGCCACCUAUCUAGACUGCCAGAGUGGGUCUAAAGAUGAUUCUGAAAUCCACACAUCUAAAUCUGGUGACGAAGAAAACUAUGUUACCAUACAGCCUUAUGCCAGCCAAGGGAAAGAUGAGAUUGGCUUUGAAAAAGGAGUUACGGUGGAGGUUAUCCAGAAGAAUCUGGAGGGGUGGUGGUACAUAAGGUACCAGGGUAAAGAGGGAUGGGCUCCUGCAUCCUAUCUGAGAAAGGCUAAAGAUGACCUUCAGUGCCGAAAGAAAAACCUGGCAGGUCCUGUGGAGAUUAUUGGAAAUAUAAUGGAAAUCAGCAACCUCCUUAAUAAAAAACCCAAUGAAAAAGAUGGCCAGGGGGGCAGCGAGUCAGAAGAGCAUCAUAUUAACAAAAAAGAAAUCAGUCUGCCAAUCCUCUGCAAUGACUCCAAUGGAAACUCCAUGAUGACAUCUGAGAAAGUCAGCAUGAAGACCACUCCAGGUUCUCCAGCUGUGGCAAGAAUAGCUCCCCAGCGAUCUGAAAUAAGUUCUCCAAACCUGAGAAUGAAGCCACCACCUCGGAGAGAAUCUAGCUUGGGAUUUCAGUUGCCAAAACCACCUGAACCACCGUCAGUAGAAGUGGAAUAUUACACCAUUGCAGAGUUUCAGUCAUGUAUAUCUGAUGGGAUAAGUUUCCGUGGAGGUCAAAAGGCAGAUGUUAUUGAAAAGAAUUCUGGUGGAUGGUGGUAUGUCCAGAUUGGUGAAAAAGAAGGAUGGGCACCAUCCUCUUAUAUAGACAAAAGAAAGAAACCAAAUCUAAACCGGAGGACUAGCACUUUGACAAGACCAAAAGUUCCCCCACCUGCUCCACCAACAAAACCAAAAAAUCCAGACGAAGCUUCAGCCACAAGUACUGGCUGCACCAGUGAGUCUAGGGACUCUCCUUCAAAACAAAAAUAUGAGGAACCAGAAUAUGAUAUUCCAGCUUUCAAUUUUGAUAUAGAGUCUGAUGGAAAUGAUUCCAUUUCUCAUACACAUUUAGAGGAUGAAAUUGUUGAAAGCAUGUUCCAGCCUUCAAAGCCUUCUCCUGUUUCUUCACUUCAGAGACCAAAGUUUAAAGUUGGGGAAUCCAGUGAAGAUGUGACUGAGGAAGAAACAAUUUAUGAAAAUGAUGGAUUCCAGCCUUAUGUGGAUGACUCUACAUCAAAUAAGGAAUCAAGUGGAGAUUCUGAUUCACAGAGAAGCUCCAUAUUGAUUCACAAAAGUUCACCUACUGCAACCACUUCAAGACCACCACUUCUAAAAUAUAAAAUAGAAAGAAAUACCCAACAAGAAAUGGGAAAAAAUGUAUCCUUCUCCACAAAUGAAGAGAAAAAACCCAGGUCUGUUUCAGAUGCUGGUGUACGUUCGGUGCCAAAGGUUGCAACCAAUAAAGAACCUGAGCAAAAAUCUGCAAUUUUACCAUCAACCAAAGCCAAACCAUCUGUUAGACCAAAACCCUUCCUAAAUAAGAACGAUUCCCAAAGCCAGGAAAAAAUGGACAUUAGUACAUUGCGAAGGCAACUGAGACCAACAGGACAACUGAAGAGUGGGCUUAAAGGUUCAAAAAGUGAAGAAUCUGAAAGUCCACCCAAAAGUGCAUCGGACAGCAUUGAAAGCCCACCAAGGAGAAGCUCAGUAGACAUUACUCCUACUUCCACCUCCUCUUUCUUAUGCUCAGGUAAUAAAGACAAACCUGAAGAGAACAAUGACAAAAAAUUCUAUACAGCAACAAGCACAUAUCAGAAAGUUAUGGACUCCGAAAUUAGCUUCCCUGCAGGGGCAAAAGUUGAAGUCCUGGAGAAACAAGAUAGUGGUUGGUGGUUUGUCAGAUUCAAGGAAUCAGAAGGUUGGGCACCAUCUCAUUUCCUAGAAGAACAUGACAGCUCUGUGUCUGAGCCCGAAUCUACAAAAUGCAGAAAAAAUGAAAAUAAAUCCAACAGUCUAGAAAAGAUAGAAAAACGAGUUCAAGCAUUAAAUACUAUUAACCAGACCAAGAGAGCAACACCUCCAGUUCCUUCCAGACCACCAGGUGGAUUUUCUAAAUCUACAGUGCCAGGAAACAAUGUUGUAAAGUUAAGAAAUGGAGUGAAACAAGUUGCUGUAAGACCUCAGUCAGUGUUUGUUUCCCCACCCCCUAAGGAAAACAAUAUUUCUUGCCAUUUGCGUAGGAAUGAAUCACUUUCAGCUACUGAUCAUUUGAGGUCUGUUCGGAGAAACUCCUCCUUUAACACUGUUCGUAGUCAAGCCAGCGAGUCAAGAUUAAAGCAGGCUGAUAAAUCUGAAGCUGAUUCAUCACAGCCAGAACAAUCAGUCAGAUCUCCACAAAGAAAUGGAAUCCCAGUGUCAACAGUUCGACCAAAGCCCAUUGAGAAAUCUCAGUUUAUCCACAAUAACCUUAAAGAUAUGUAUAUCUCCAUUGCUGAUUAUGAAGGAGAUGAUGAAAAACUGUUGGCUUUCAAGAAGGUGUUUCCAUGGAAGUUUUGGAGAAGAACCCAAAUGGCUGGUGGUACUGCCAUAUCCUUGAUAGUGUAAAACCAUUUAAAGGAUGGGUGCCUUCAAACUAUUUAGAGAAAAAGAACUGA